CACCCGGUAGUCAGUCACGUCAAGUCAACAUGCGUCUGGAUCUGAGGUGAACUUCAGUCAUCACAAAACAAGAGCUGGGUUUCUUAUUCGCACGGAGGAUUUACAGCUGUAGACUUUAGAUCAUGUCAGCGUCAUGUUGCGCAAUGCUCCCGGUGUUUAGACCCGACUGGUCUGCGCAGGCGUGAGACGGACGUUGCAAUAAAAGUGAAUCAAAUUGAAGGCUUGCGUUCAAAGCCAUGAUUGACAAUAGUGCCAUUUCAGAGCCGGAGCAGCUGUCUGAGCAUUAAGAGACUGAGAGAAGACAAAGAGACACUAACCACUCAGCAUUAAACUUCACAGUAAACCAUGUCGAAACCGAGCGGUGCCACGGGCCGAACUCAGACUGGGACGAGGCGGUUCAUCAGUGGAGUAGUGGAAGGUUUUUAUGGACGACCAUGGACUAUGGAGCAAAGAACAGAGCUGUUUAAAAGGGAACAGAAGUGGGGUUUGAACACGUACCUGUAUGCCCCCAAAGAUGACUACAAGCACAGGAUGUACUGGAGAGACCUGUACUCUGCUGAGGAGGCCAAGCAACUCAUGGCCCUGAUCACAGCAGCUAAACAGCACGAUGUGGAGUUCAUCUAUGCAAUCUCUCCUGGUCUGGAUAUUACUUUUUCCAACCCCAAAGAGGUUGCUGCCCUGAAGAGGAAACUGGAUCAGGUGAGGGAGUUCGGCUGCAGGUCCUUCUCUUUACUGUUCGAUGACAUUGAGACUGAGAUGUGUCAAGCUGAUAAACAGGUGUUCAGCUCCUUCGCCCACGCUCAGGUGGCCGUUACUAAUGAGGUGUACCAGCACCUGGGAGAACCUGAGACCUUCCUCUUCUGUCCUACAGAUUACUGUGCUGCUUUCUGCACUCCCAACGUGUCCCAGUCUUCCUACCUGCACACUGUGGGAGAGAAGCUGCUGCCUGGUAUUGACAUACUAUGGACUGGUCCAAAAGUGGUGUCCCACAAAAUCUCAGCUGAGUCCAUAGAGGAAGUGUCCUCGGUCCUCAAGAGGGCACCAGUCAUCUGGGAUAAUAUCCACGCAAACGAUUAUGAUCCCCAAAGACUUUUCCUUGGACCCUAUAAGGAUCGACCCACUGAGCUGAUUCCCAAACUGAGAGGAGUGCUCACCAAUCCUAACUGUGAGUUUUACCCAAACUUUGUGGCCAUCCACACUUUGGCUACAUGGUGCAAAGCAACAGCCGAUGGAGGACCAAAGGAUGUGGAGAUGGGUGAUGAGGAGCAGGACCCCUGCUACAGCCACCAGAAAGCUCUGACCCUGGCCCUCACUGACUGGCUGCAGGAGUUCCUGAGCACGGAUCAGCCUGGAGGUAGUGCUCGUCUCAAGAAGGAGUCAUCAGAUGAGGAGCCCAUGCAGACAGACAUGGGAGAAAGCUCCUACAGUCCUGGAGCUGGGGAGAACCCACUGUACACGGCUGAACCUCUGACUCUGGAGGACCUGAAGCUGCUGUCAGACCUCUUCUACCUGCCGUACGAACACGGGCCCACAGCCAGGACCAUGCUGCAGCAGCUGGACUGGCUCAAGAACAACAGUCGGGCUGCUACUGCAGAGACAGACAUGACAGCAGAGUGGUGCUCGAGAGCACAGCAGUUUGAUGACAUGUGCGACGCAGUGGUGCAGAUGUUUAACCGCCUGUCAAACGCCCCGAACCGCAGCAUCCUGUACGACCUCUACAACUACAUCUGUGACAUUAAGAGUGGAGUCGGCCUGGCUCGUGCCUAUGUGAAAACACUAGGAGGGCAGGGUCGACCCUCUGCCCAGCUUAUGAACGAUGACCCUGAACCCUGGGGCUUCAGAGGAGGACUCUCUGGAGAGUUCCAGAGGAUGCUGCCUGGACAUGGAAACAGGGACCUGUUCAGACAUCCUCCCACGACGGCAGUAUACUGCAUACGGCCAUACUGCCCCGACGACAAGAUGGAGGUGCAGAGGAUUUUCAGGGAGAUGCAGAGCGCAGGAGAGGGCAAAGUCCCCCUGGUGGCACAGCCUCCACUCAUCUGUGAUAGCAUAUCAGCAGGUGAAAUCUCCCCUUCCCCUCAGUGUGCUCUUGUCUUGGAGGAUGAGCUUGGGAUGUGUGGUUACGCACUGGCACUUACUGAUGCCAAACCAGCUGCAGCCAAGAUUCAGAGAGCAGUAAGUGACUCAGUGUUGGAAGAAUUCCCCUCUUUGAUCACUAUACAAAUGUUGCCCCGGGUCACUGAUCCCUCUCCAGCCAAGCGUAUGAUUGGUCAGCUCUUGUCCUCCAUCAGGAGCAGUGGCUCCAGAGGAGCGUUCUGUGAGUUGAGACAUAGUGAUCGCAGGAUGCUCGACUUUUACACCAAACUCGGCUCCUUCAAACCCAUUGAAGUGGCCAGUCUACCGCGAGACGUCAUUGCCAUGGCAACAAGCCUGUGAACAGAAUCACUCACAAAGCUUUUCCUCAGGUUUGAACUGCUGAGAUUGAACCGUCAUGUGAAUAAUCACUAACUUUGCAGCACGUUAAACUGAUCCAGCCUUCCAUGUCAUGUCUUGUUAUUGUCAGUUCAUAUCAUAUAAAUCUGUAAUUUCAUGGCCAGACCAAUGUCCUCCUAUGAAGCUGUAACAUUAGUCAUGGAAACACUUAAUGACAUCCGUGUAUCUACUAACUAUUGUAUAAUGAAAAGUGUAUUGCAAAACUACUGAUUUUGUAGACAUGACAAUUGGAAAAAGUAUAGUGAUUAUUUUUUUAGAUAAAACUGUUGUUUUAACUCGGAAUAAAAAUGUUAACAGCA